UCUUGCCGGCCUCGCGCUGUCAUUCCUCACCUUCUGUCUCCCAUCUACUAAGGAUCUAGGGUAGUCCCGUCCUUCCACACCGUUUUCUGGGGCGCCGCACCGUUUCCCACUAUCUUCCCCUCUCUUCGUGCCCACCGCUGCCGGCGAUUGAUGCGCCCUGUGCCUUGGGCUUUUGUUCCUUCUUCUCGCUCCUGGGAGCUAUGCUCGCCGUCGUCGAAAAUAUGAGCUCAACCCCGAAUUCGCAAGCCGCCGUCAUGGAGUCCUCCACCGCCGACAAGAAGCGCAACAAGCUGGGAUACCAUCGCACCUCUGUCGCAUGUGUACACUGCCGCCGACGAAAGAUCCGAUGUCUGGUAGCAGCCGACGACGCUCAGGGCCGAUGCGAGAACUGUAUUCGACUUCGAAAGGAGUGCCAAUUCUUCCCCGUCGACCAGCAACCCCCCGUCGAAAAGAAAUCCCGUCCCAACUCGCGAUUGGACACUGCGUCGACCGAUCCGUCCACGGCCUCUUCGUCGCCUCCGACUGCCAGUGGGGGAGAGCAAACCGAGGCAUUCUUCCCUUAUCAACCGAUUCCGCUCAGCACGGGUCCGGACGUCGCGGCAUUCCAUCCGGGAGGCUUCCCGGUGAAUCCUAUGACUCAGUUUGCGCCAGAGCGCAACGUAGGAGCCACGGAGUUUGCACCGGGACCGUCGCUUGACCCCAACGUUCCGUGGGACGAAUUUACGACGAUUUCAGAUCCCCAACUACUCGCCAAUAUGACCGCAGCAGGAAAGCACCCGAUGAUGAAUAUGGCACCCGGCGUGUGGAAUCCCGGGCCCAACCCUAUGGCUGCUAUGCAGGCCACCUCGCCGCUUCCAGGAACGCCGACAGUACCCUCGCAAUCGCACGCCCUGAGUCCCGCCACGGGAUACGCCAUGCAACCCGACGGUUCGGUUUGGCCCAUGGCCCCGGCGCGAUCGAUGACUUUCCCUGCGCAGGCCGACAUGACCGCGCCGUAUCCCACUCCCACCCAAUUCCAGCAGCCGAUACCCCCGGAUCUCAAACGGAGAAUGACCAGCCCAGCUCAGCCGUACCCCGGAAGUCCCGUCCAUCCGCAGAGCCCUGCAUCGACUGACUUGCAAGGGACGCCGGUAUCCGUGUCCUAUCCCGGCCAAGCACCCGCAAUGGGCCUCACCGGGUGGCCGGAUAUGAGCAACAUGUCCCCGAUGAAUGUCGUUCAGUAUCCCAUGUACGCGGGCGAUGGCACGCCACAGGCGCCGUUCGGAGGCAGUCCCCAACCGCCCAUGGGUCAUCCCGGGCCCGGGCAAUCUCCGCCGUGACACCGAGGUCUCUGCGGGACUGACGAAAACUUCACGCUCGAGAAGAUUUAGAAAGGGACCUCAAAUCUGUUGCAUAAUACCCCCUGUGUGAACUGUUGCAUCUUUAUUUCUUUUUAUUUCUUUUUUCUUUCUUCCCAUUUUCUUUUUCAUCUUUUAUCUUUCACCUAUACACCUUUUUUUGGUGGGCAUCACUUUUACCAGCUGGUCAUUAGCGGGCGCAAAAGGAUUAUAUGGGCGGCAUUUUCCAUUCUUCCAUGAGAGCCAUUUUUCGUUUUCUUUCUAU